AUGAUAAAAUUUAAAGGCCUUCAUUCAUCCAAACAAUAUAUGCCUAAAAAACCCAUAAAAAGAGGAUAUAAAGUAUGGACUUUGGCAGACAAGUACGGGUACCUUUGGAAUUUUGAUGUCUAUACAGGAAAGUCUGGUGAUAAGGUAGAAAAAAAUUUGGGAGCACGUGUAGUGAAAAACUUAUCUGCACCACUUAAAAAUAAAAACUAUUUUUUAUACUUUGGCAACUAUUUUACUAGUUAUACGUUUAUGUCGUACUUGAAAUCAAAUGGGAUUUAUGCGUGUGGAACAGUAAACAUGACAAGAAAACAUUUACCACAGCUAAAAGAUGACAAGUCUUUAUAA